AUGACAAAAUCAUCCAGUUGUGCUGCUGUUGCUAUGUUCACAGGUAAGGCAAACUGCCCUUACUAUGCCAAAGCUGAACUCCUGGCUGACUAUCUCCAGACUAACUUGCCCAACUUCAGGGUUCACAAGAUCACUCAGCACCCUGACAAGUGGGAGCAGUGGCUUCAUGACAUUUGUGAAACAAAUGGAUGGCAACACAGCCAGUCUCCUAUCAUUUGGAGAGAACUGUUGGACCGUGGAGGGAAGGGUCAGCUUCUGGGAGGACUUAAUGAUUUUCUGGAAUAUGCUCAGCAAUAUUACGGCAUCACUUCAAUGAUGCUGAGUGAGGAAAUGUUGGACAUUGCUGAGGAGAACCUGCAGGCACAUCUUGAAAUUGUAAAAGAGGAUGAAGAGAUUAAAAGUCUUAUCCAUCCUAUGCAGAUCUGGAUUACCAGUGCAUCAGUUCCAAUCUGUUAUCAUCUGAUCCCACUGUUGGCAAAUGGAGAAGUGUUUGGGAUGACCACAGAAAUCAGUAUCCAUUUGCUUGACAAUGAGAAGUUUAAGGAAAUUCUUCGCAGUAUUGUAAUGGAAGCUGAAGACAUGGCAUUCCCACUUCUCCGCAGUAUUUCAGAGCACACAAAAAUAGAUGAGGCUUUUACUGAUGCUGAUAUUAUCAUUGUUCUUGAUGAUGUCCUCUUAAACCUUGAAGUCAAAUCCAUUGAGAGCUACAUCAGAGAAGUGAGUGAGAUCUGCCAGGUGUAUGCUCCCUUGAUUGAGAAGAAUGCCAAGAGUGAGGUCAAAGUCAUUUCAUCAGGAAAAACCUUUGCAAACCUUAAGGCAACAAUGUUAAGGACAUAUGGCCCAUCCAUUAGGCCUGAAAAUAUCAUUGCCAUUUCAACAUCCUGGGAAAGUGCAGCUAAAGCCAUGCUGGCCAGGAAGCUGAAUAUGAACACAGAAGGAGUUAAAGAUGUGAUUGUUUGGGGCAAUAUUACUGGGUCUAACUGCAUUGAUUUGUCACAUGCAAAACUUUAUGGAUAUGACUGUGCUAUUUGGGGCCCUCCUAAUUUUCAACGUCCUUUGUUGAAUAUGAUUUAUGAUAGCGAAUGGCUCCAUUCAGAAGUCCUGUGUGCACGGAGUACGCUGAGUUCCCGGGUGUCCCGUUGCAUAGGAAUGUUACCUGCUCAUGCAAUAGCCACGGUACUGCGGUACUGGUACCAUGGCUCUCCUUCUGGGGAGAUCAUUUCUGUGGGAAUACUUAGUGAAGGUCAGUUUUGCAUUCCUGAAGGAAUUAUCUUCUCUAUGCCAGUGAGGCUCCAGAAUGGUAACUGGGAAGUCAUGACAGAAUUAGAAAUUAAUGAAACGACCCAAAAAGCUCUAGGACGCUUAUCCCACGAGCUGGUUCAGGAAAAGCUCGUUGCACUAAAGGAAAUAAACGAAAUGCAUCCAUAUGAAGCAGAAUAAAAUCUCCACAUCUUCUCCCAAGUGUUUCUUUGCUGCUUUUCCCAUUAUUUUUUCAAGUUCUCUGUCCUCAUUCACCAAAAUAAGAACAG